AUGCGUUUAAUAAUAACUCAUAUAUUGUCAUUUUAUUUAACAGUAUUAGAACUUAUUAGAGACGGGAAUAUAAUUUAUCUAUUUAAGCCAUUACAGAAAAAUGGAUUUCGUCCAGAGCUACGGUUAAACAGUUUCCCAACAACUGAUGAGUUGUUUCAAGAUGCAUUGAUACUACAAGAAAAAAUGGAGAGAAUUAUAACUAUGAAUUCAGUUCGAAUUUUUGCACUUGAUUUAUCUCCUGUUUGCAUUUUUGAAAAGAACAAAAGGAACUCUUGUGGGGAUAUUGGAAAAUGCCAGGUCAUGGGAAAUGAAAGUGAUCUUUCUUCAACUCUAUUUGGAAUUGACAAGGCUGGUGAAAUAAAUUUUAUUGACAACGGCAAUUGUAAUGAAAAGAAAACAAAGGUAGAUAUGCUUAAGAACCCACCUGCAAACACACAGUAUAAAGGCGAGGAAAUUUGGCGUAAAAUAUAUUAUGAAAUAGAAAAAGUUAACUUUCCUCUACUUAAAAAGUUAAUAUCAGGAAUCCAGAGUAACAUUGCUAUUCAUGCAUCGGAAAGACAUAGAAAAAUUCGUGGAGAUUAUUAUGACUAUAGUUUAUCUAAUUUCAUGAAUAAAUUUGCAAUAUUUGAAGAAAGAGGAGUAAACCUUCUAGUCACAUUUUAUUAUAUUGUACGUUCAAUUUGUAUAUUGGGUCCUUCAUUCGAAAAGUUUAUGGAAAACUUAGAUAAUUCAGCGGAAAACAUUAAAUUAAAAGAAGAAGUUAGAAAAAUUUUUGACAAAAAUCUUUAUUACUCAUGCAAACCAAAAUACCAAAAUAACGUUAUUCCUCCUCAAUCUCUUCCAAAACUUGAAAGAUUUUUCAAAACAUUUAUUUCUGCACUAGGCUGUGUUGAAUGCGAAAAGUGUAUAUUACAUGGCACAAUUAAAUGUAAUACACUUGAUUUGGCAGUGAAGGCUUUAGGAGGUUCAAAAAACAUUUCAUUAGACCCCAUAUACUUCGUAACUUAUCUAAAUGGGCUUUAUAUAUUUUCAACUUCAAUUACAACAAUUGAUUUAUUCACUUUUAGAGUAAGGAUAUUUUGGGUUUUUUCAUUAUUUAUCACAGUUAUUUUUUUCUUCUGCUUCAAAUAUAAGAUUGCUUCAUAUUUAAAUCAAAAGAAAAAUUUUGCAACUAAGAAGAAAGAACAAUAA